UUGCAACAAGACUUUGGGAAAUAUGGCCCGUCCAGGUUUGCAAAGGCUACCCAAAUGUCUUUUUUUGCUUUCCCUGCAGCUACCAUAGGUAUUAGUCACGCAGCAGCGAUGGGUGUCUCGAACCGUCCAGCCCCAGGUAUCAUGGUACUUUGGCGGGGGCUAAAGUACUUGCCACCGCGGCUGUGGAGGUAUCCCGCCGCCCACCAGGCCAGCUUGUCAUGCACCGGGAGACAAUGCCCCAAGUACCCCCAUCGCCCAGGCAUGUUUACCGCCGCGCAUGAGUGACGCACCCUUUUUUGCCUGGAGCCGGCUCCCGCUCGACCUUCCU